UCGUCACGUCGCAUUAGCUAAUAUGCGGGAUUUAUUAGAUAAAAAAAAUAGUGCUAUUGCGGCAGUUAAGUCUAAGCCGACUAUUGAAAUUUAUCGGCCACCAGGAGGAAGAAACGAUAUCACGACGGCCAAUCAACAAUUAAACGUACACGCUAAAGAGUUCACAAUGAAGCACAACGACGGGCAUCAUCAUAAUAUAAAUAACAAUAAACCGAUGACAAACGAUAACAGAUCUUAUUAUCUGCAACACAGUAAAUCAAGCGGGAAUAUACAACGUUACUUGUAUGCCCAACAGCAGCAACAGUAUCAGCAUCCACAUCAGCAACAGCAUCAGCAUCCACAUCAGCAUCAGCAUCAACAUCAACAAUUGUCUUAUCAUCCUAGUCACAAUAUCGUUAAUUAUCACGGCGCAUCGCGGCACUCCCACGCACUUAAUACAUCAGCCUCAAGCGGUAAUAUCUUACAUGCAAAUGUCAGUCGGGUCCACUUCAAUGUCGAGCCAAAAACAAUUAAUUCGACAGUUAAACCGGGAAAAUUGACUAAAUCAUUGUCCUUUGUCUCUUCCUACGGAUUAAAACGGUCAAAGAGUUUUAAUAGCGACGUACUUGCUAGUAAAGCUAAUAAUAUAUCCGACGUUGCGGCUCUAGGUAAAUUUCCUGCGGCAAUACAAGACGUACUUAUUAAAGCAAUCGAAGAUCCUAAUGUCCUUAAUUCCCGUUCCUUGAUGGAAUUAGUUAGACAUGUCCUCGGAAGAGUAGUCGAGCUGCGGAAAUACGCGGAACCCGCAGCUAAAAUUUGUAUUAAAAUAAUCGAGAAAGAAAUAAAAGAAACAUUUCUUGAAUCUCUGCUAAAUACCUGCCAACAAUUGUAUCAAGAUCACACGCGGUCUCUGCACGAUCCUUCAGUCUGCCAUCGGUUUUCAGCUUUCAUGACAUUCCUCAAUGAAAUGUAUUGUCAGUUGAAACGACGGCAAUUGCAAUUAAAAACACAACAGGAAGGUGUUCCGCCAGGUAGAGUUUUGUUGACUCUUCUGUGGAAAUGUUGUCAGGAUUGUCUGCAGGGUUCUUUUAUUAAUUCUUUACCUGAAAUGGAAUGUUUGUUUUACAUUUUAACCUGCAUCGGAAAAGAUUUAGACGUCGAGUUACCGGUACAAUUGGAACAAUUAUUAGCAAAUGUACGGGAUAGUUUUCUCAUUGACAAUUCAACACAACCAGCAAUUCGUAAGAUCCUAUUGCAAAUAAUAGAGCUACAUGCUGCGCACUGGCAACUUCCUGCCUCCGCCCUCGUUUAUUAUUACCCCGGCUCCUCGAAAUCAUAACCGAUCAUUUUUACACCCUUGACAUAAAUAUAUUUAUUUUUUACUCUCACUUAAAUUUUAAAUAUUUAUUUAUUUCGAUAAAAUUUCUUAUUUAUAAAUGAAACAAUUAAAUUAAUUAAUUGAUUAAUUUUUUUAGCAUUUACUAAACAUAAUCGAACACGCGAUUCUUUAAUAAAUCUUAAAUAAUUUUAAAUAAUAAAAAAAUAAAUAAUUAAUUCGAGGUCAUAUCAACAGACGGACUCGAUCCGGUAACCUUGCAGUAGAUCCUAUUAAUUGUUUUCCUGUAAUAUUUUUAUUGUAUUUUAUGGAGAUUAAUGAGAUGAAAAUAAAUAUUAUUAUUAUUAUAAU